AUGAGGCGCCUGCUGAUCGCGCUCGCCCUGUGCCUGUGCGCGGUGGGCCCCGCCGACGGCGCCGAGCUCUCGGCGGCCCAGCGUCGGGGGCUGGAGGUGGCCCUGGCCGAGUUUCACCAGCACCCGCCUGUGCAGUGGGCCUUCAGGGAGACCAGCGUGGAGAGGGCGGCCGACACGCCAUUCCCAGCGGGGAUCUUUGUGAGGUUGGAAUUUAAGCUCCAGCAGACGAACUGCCGGAAGAAGGACUGGAAGAAGCCUGAGUGCAAAGUCAAGCCCAAUGGGCGGAAGCGUCAAUGCCUGGCCUGCAUCAAACUGGGCUCUGAGGACAGAGUUCUGGGUCGGAUGGUCCACUGCCCCAUCCAGACACAGGCUCCUCAGGAGCCCAAGGAACGCCAAGAGGACCAGUGCUCCCGGGUGGAGCGGGCAGGCGAGGACCCCCACAGCUACUACUUCCCAGGGCAGUUCGCUUUCUUCAAGGCCCUGCCCCCUGAAUGA